UGGCUGGGGGCGGGGCCUGGCUGCUGCCUGGGGAUGGAUUGGGCGCCGUUCUCUCCACAUUAAAACUUGGCGCCGCCGCCGCCCGGGGUCACCUCAGGCCGCGGCUCCGCUUCCGGGUCAGUGCGGAUGGCGGCGGCUCUGGCCCCGGUGCGGAGGAUGGGAGUCUUCACCUUUAUCGAUAUCGGUAUAAAUCUAACAGAUCCCAUGUUUCGUGGCAUUUACCGUGGUUCUCAAAAACAUCAAGAUGACUUUUCGGAUGUGAUGCAGAGAGCUUUCAAAACUGGAGUUCAAAAGUUCAUGAUUACAGGAGGCAGUUUGCAGGAUAGUAAAGAUGCACUGAAACUGGCACAGACAAAUGAUGCUUUCUACAGUACAGUCGGUUGUCACCCUACACGUUGUGCAGAAUUUGAGCAGAAUGAUGCUGAGCAGUAUUUGGCUGAUCUGAAAGACUUAGCCACCAAGAAUAAAGGGAAAGUGGUGGCCAUUGGGGAGUUUGGCUUGGACUUUGACAGAUUGGAGUUCUGCCCUAAAGAGACGCAGCUGAAAUACUUUGAAAAGCAGUUUGACUUGGCAGAAGACACUAAAUUGCCUAUGUUUCUACACUGCAGAAAUUCACAUCCAGAAUUUUUAGAUAUAAUGAGGAGAAAUAUGGACAGAUGUGUUGGAGGAGUGGUACAUUCUUUCGAUGGUACAAAAGAAGAAGCAGCUGCUCUUGUGGAAAUGGGCCUCUACAUUGGCAUCAACGGCUGCUCCUUAAAAACUGAAUCCAAUCUUGAAGCCAUGAAAUCCAUCCCAAGCGAAAGGCUGAUGAUAGAAACUGAUGCACCAUGGUGUGGAGUAAAAAACACUCACGCGGGAGCAAAGUUUGUGAAAACAACCUUUCCUACCAAAAAGAAAUGGGAAAAGGAAUACUGCCUGAAGGACAGGAAUGAGCCAUGCCAUAUUAUUCAAAUAUUGGAGAUCAUGGCUGCAGUGCGGGAAGAGGAUGCACGUGAACUGGGCAACACUUUGUACAACAAUACUGUAAAGGUCUUCUUUCCCAACAGCUGAUCAGCAAGUGCAUCAAUCCUAUUAAAUGGUUUUAAAAACCCAAUGUCAGUGCAGCUGGCAGUAUGUUUAAAGGUACCAUUCUCAUACCACAGUUCAUUCUGCAUUGGGUUCUCCCUAGGAAUGAAUUCAAGCUGGAAGCAAAGGACAGGCUGCUAUAACGUCAAUUAACACAUACAAUUCACACAUAUGCUGCUCAAAGUGGAAAUAUUUUGCAAAUGAGGAAAGACUACCUUUAAUGUAUGAAUGAUGGGUUUCUUUCUGGUCCCUUCCUAUCUAGUUAAGGUGCAUAUGUACAGUAAGAGAUCCAAUAAAUUAUACAAUGUCAGUCAUUUUCAAUACAUUUUAGGAUUUGUACUAGAAGGCAGAUCCCUAAUGCACAUUAUGUAUGUAUCUCAAUGUGUUAAACUAUUAUUGGAAUAUAAUUCAGUUGAUAUUUGGUCCAGUGGUCAAUAUUGAUCACUUAGAUAUCCAGAGCUCAUUAUACAAAUAGUAGCAGACAUUGGAUGUAUUACAGUGGUCCGUUUGGUUUGGGGCAGAGUCUACAUACGUAGCACAGCCAAAAAUUCAUGAUGAAUCACAUCGCCUUAUUAUUGCAUCCUCAUUCAUUGUUCUUAGCAUGUACAGGAUUGUUAGCACAUGCAUUUUAAGAUGUCUGCUAGUGCCUCAUGGUAAGCCUGUGUAAUUUAAGCCUUUGCAUAUCUCUGUGUAAUGGUGAAGUUCCUAUAUUAGCUUCUGGUGUUGCCCGUUAGAGUAUCAAAAUACGAGUGGUUUGAGGCAAUACAGAUCAAUGUAUUAGGUAUGUUGUACAUAGUCAUUGUUAAUGAUCAAGCAUUGGAACUUAUGACUCCUGGAAUUAACAUUUAUGGGAAAAGAUUAAUAAAUUAGUAUCAAUUGAUACUCAUUUGUCUGAAA